UCUGCCCAACGCCAUGCUGAGUCCUGCUUGUUCCCUGGCAGGAGCUGAAGGGCUUCAACUCGCUGGAUGACCUGCUGCAUGUCAAGGGCAUUACCACCCGCAUCCUGGAGCUGAACAGCCAGCGCAUGACCUGCAGGAGGAGGCCAAGCAGCGAGGAGGCCCCUGGCGGGAGCCCUAGCCAACAGGAGCAGGAUGCCCCUGUGCCUCAGGUGCUGGCUGAGGAGGAGAAUGGCGUCCAGGCUGCCUGGGAGUCGGAGGAAUCGGAUUGCUCAGGUGUUGAAGGGGGUUCUGGUCCAGAGUCUGAUAGCUCCAGAGUGCGGGUGGGGCAGGAGCCCGAGGAGCCGGCCGGCCUUGGAGGGCAUGGGCGGCUGGAGCCCGCCAGCUCCAGAGUCUGUGGGGCGCAGGAGGAGGAGGAGGAGGAGGAGGGGAGCUGCUGCAGCGAUGAAGGGGAGGAUGGCAGUGACGUCUAUUUCUAUUACACCAUUGGCGAGCGCUGGAUUGACUAUCUGGAGAGGACCGAGGAGGGCAGCCUCAUCCGACACGUGCGGCCAAAGAUGAAGCGGAAGUCGGAGAACGGCCUGGACAGCAGGGCCCUGUCCCCUGGCAAGAAGCUCUGCAAGGGCUCCGAGUACAGCAGGACACUGGGCCCCUGCAUUCCCAGCCCCACCACCACCUUUGGGGACCUGCGCAAUGCCAAGCCAGGCCAGGGCCGCCGGCGCCGCAUCCCCUCGGUCGCCCCGCCCCCGGAGCUGCAGGACUGGCUCCGCACCUUUCAGAGGUGGAGCGGCCCGGAGAAGCUGCUGGCCCUGGACGAGCUCAUCGACCGCUGCGAGCCCUCCCAGAUCAAGUACAUGAUGCAGGUGAUCGAGCCACAGUUCCAGAGAGACUUCAUCUCCCUGCUGCCCAAGGAGCUGGCGCUCUACGUCCUGUCCUUCCUGGAGCCCCGGGACCUGCUCCGCGCCGCCCAGACCUGCCGCUACUGGAGGGUCCUGGCUGAGGACAACCUACUGUGGAGGGAGAAGUGCCGGGACGAAGGUAGGAGCUCCGCCCCCUUCCAGGCUCCGCCCCCCGCCGAGCCACUCCCUCUCCCUGCAGGAGGCAAAGCGGGUCUGGGCCCUACAGGCUCCUGGCACCCACUCCUGCAGGAGCCGCCCCCGCCCUGA